AGCGGCUCUGUCUCCUGCCUGGACUUCAGCAGCAGCGGCAAGUACCUGGCGUCGUGCGCCGACGACCGCACGGUCCGACUGUGGAGCACCCGGGACUUCACGGCGCGCGAGCACCGCUGCCUGCGUGCCAACGUGGGGCUGGACCACGCCGAGCUUGUCCGCCUCAGCCCUGACUGCCGGGCAUUCAUUGUUUGGCUGGCGAAUGGCGAGACUAUUCGUGUCUAUAAAAUGACUAAGAAGGAUGAUGGCAGCUUCACCUUCACCGCAACUUCGGGGGACUUCCCAAAGAAGCACAAGGCUCCUGUCAUUAACAUAGGAAUUGCAGAGACGGGAAAGUUUAUCAUGACAGCUUCCAGUGACACUACCAUCCUGAUCUGGAGCCCGAAGGGGGAAGUCCUGGCCAGCAUUAACACUAACCAGAUGAACAAUGCCUACGCCACGGUGUCGCCCUGCGGGAGGUUUGUGGCAUCUUGUGGCUUUACCCCCGAUGUGAAGGUGUGGGAGGUGUGUUUUGGCAAGAACGGAGACUUCCGGGAGGUGGCCAGGGCUUUUGAGUUGAAAGGCCACACUGCUGGCAUACAUUCCUUCUCCUUCUCCAACGACUCAAGGAGGAUGGCAACAGUUUCGAAGGACGGAACGUGGAAAUUCUGGGACACAGAUGUGGAAUAUAAAAAGCAACAGGAUCCAUACCUGCUCCUGACAGGGAAGUGCGAGGUCACGGAGCCUUGCCGCAUCGCCCUGUCCCCCGAUGCUCGUGUCGUCGCCAUCUCCAGCGGCACGGACAUUGUCGUGUACAACACGAGGAGAGGAGAGGAGGAGGAGCGCUUUCUGGCCGUGCACGGGCAGUGCGUAACAGACUUGGCUUUUGACACCAGCAGCCGCUACCUGGUGUCGUGUGGGGACCGGGCCAUCCGCAUCUUCCACAACGCUGCUGGUCACCGGGCGGUGGUGGAGGAGAUGGAGGCCAUGCUGAAAAAAACUGGGAACAAAGCCACGCGAGAGAGUACUUUAACGCUGCUGCGCACGAAGGCUCCCUCCACCCGGGCCGCCGAGUCCCGGGGAUGCGAAGCCGCCACGGGCGCGACGAGCCAGACGGGGCCAAAAGAGAAAUCCAAAUCGAGUAGCAGCGCUGCCCGAGAACCCAAUGGCUUCCCAGCUGACACCUCUGCCAACUCCUCUCUCCUUCUUGAGUUCCAAGAUGAGAACAGCAACCAGAGCUCCCUGUCGGACGUUUACCAGCUCAAGGUGGACAGCAGCCCCAACUCCAGCCCCAGUCCCCAGCAGAGUGAGUCCAUGAGUCCUGCCCACACGUCCGACUUCCGCACGGACGACUCGCAGCCACCUACACUGGGGCAGGAGACACUGGAAGAGCCCUCCCUGCCUUCCUCGGAAGUUGCAGACGAGCCUCCCACUCUCACAAAGGAAGAGCCAGUCCCCCUUGAGACUCAGGUAACUGAAGAGGAGGAGGACUCCGGUGCGCCACCUCUGAAGAGAUUUUGUGCCGAUCAGAACUCUGUGUGCCACACGGCCUCGGAGAGCUAG